AUGAAUACGCUUUUUUCAUUAGUUCUAGAGAGCGAGGAAGACUCCCUCUUACAGAGGGACCCACUCGCUGUUGCACGACCUCCGCUGUGCGGACGUCCAAAGGGCCAUAGAGGAAGGCCGCCUCUGGUGAGGGGGGGCUCGGCGGGAACUGGAAGGGGGUCUCAAGAGACCCUGAACUGGGCCCUGCCGGGCUCAUCUCACUCGGGGCAGAUUGACUUGCAGCACUGCAAGGCUGCGACUCAGCAGGCCAGUCGCAGCCUUGCGGUAGAGCACACAGACAGAUGCCUUAUACAAGAGCCCUGGCAUCACGGAGGCUCAGUUAAAGGCUUAUCUGGUGGCAAGGUGCAGCUAUUCUAUGGCCGGGGCGACCUGGGCCCCAGGGCCUGCAUUGCUGUCAAAAGAGCGUGCGGAGGCAGGGGAAUGGCUAACUUCUGCCGCCGAGAUUUGGUGGCGGUUGUCGUGAGACUUCGGGGGGAGGUUGAAGCGGAGGACAUUGUGUUCUGCUCGGCUUACUUCCCGCAUGAGUCGCCGACACCACCACCUACCAAGGAAAUGCGUGUUUUGGUGAAUCACUGCAGAGCCGAAAAGCUGCCACUCAUCCUAGGAUGCGACGUAAAUGCGCAAAACGUGGUGUGGGGCAGUGAAAGAUGUAAUGACAGAGGCACUGCUCUCCUGGAAUUUAUGGCAGACGUGGACAUGGAGAUCCUAAACAGGGGCUCGAGGCCUACGUUUGUCACCUCACACUGUCAAUGUAUCAUUGACGUAACCAUGUGCACCCGCCGGCUGGCGGGGCGAUGCAGGGACUGGAGAGUGGACCGGGAGGACACACUCUCCGACCAUCGACUCAUUAGAUUUAGCAUUGAGGGCUGUGUCAAACUACACCGGGACUGCCUGCGCAGAAACUCAAGGGCCACCGACUGGGAGUCCGUUGAGAGGAUCCUGGAGGAAAGGCUCAGGGUAGGACGCGUAAGGCCCUGCAGGGAGGACAAGUUCGAGGACGAGGUGAAGAGAAUCCACGUUGCCCUAACCGAGUCCUUCCAGAUGGCAUACCCGGCUAAACAAUGCAAGCAAGGAAACAAAGUGCCUUGGUGGAGUCGUGAACUGGACAGGCUGAGAUGCCAAUCCAGGAGACUAGGGAAUCGAGCGCAUAAAUCCAAGAGAGCCGAAGACUGGACUCUGUACAGAAAUGUGCAGAGGGAGUACAAGAGGCUCAUACAACAAUCAAAGGAGCUCACCUGGAGAACAUACUGUGAGGAACUGGAGGCGCUUGAAAGCAUCUCCAGGCUUCGCAGGGUUUUCUCGGGGGGCCCUGCACAAGGGCUGGGUGGAAUCACGCUGACAAGCGGAGAGACCAUCACAGAACCGCGAGAGGUCCUUGAGCAUGUGGUUCGUGCGCACUCUCCGGACUACUAUAGAGCAUCCGGGAGAGUGCCCUGA